AUGACUACCUCACCAGUGUUGUUUACCGCGUCGCGCUCUCAAACCUUGACGUAUUUGUUAGUUGUCUGUCCAUUCUCAAUAGCGUUUCUCGUAUUUAUCAACUCGUCUGUGUCAUUUGUGGUGACGGAUCUGAUCGGACUUGACAAAGGGGAAGGGGAUGCCGUUGGCACGCUGGGUUUUGCUGAUGAGCUUCUCGCUCUUCUGGCAUGUCCCCUUUGGGGAGUGCUUUCUGAUAGAAUUGGGGUGCGGCUUGUCUGUACCAUUGGUUACGCGGUCAUUGCCGUUGCAUUGAUUCUUUUCGUGCAAGCUAAGAAUGUUUACCCGCAAUUGCUUCUUGGACGACUGUUCUUCAGUGUGGGAGGCGCUGCCGUAUCCACGAUGGUCACCGCGGUCUUACCGACUGUCACAGGCAAAGGUCUGCAAAAUCCGACCGACCGUGCACAACGGACGACCGUCUCGCCGCAUUUGAAUGGAGAGGAAAUCGGAAAUGUUGAUCACAGCGCGCCCUCGAGCCCUCGAGCGUCUCCGUCAGCGCGAUUGUCUGGGUUCGUUGGGCUGUUUGCCGGCUGUGGUGCCCUUGUAUCACUUGGGGCUUUUCUUCCUCUCCCUGCGCGCUUUGAAAAAAGAGGCCUUUCGCCCGCUGAGGCUAUCCAACAGAGCUAUUACGUGGUUGCUGCCGUUGCCAUGGUCGUCAGCUUUGUGAGCUUCAUCGGGCUUCGAAACCUGCCUGACGAAGAUAAAAAAGGGUGGCGUGCAUCUUGGCCAAAUCGUUUCAAUCGUUGCCGACAAGAUCAUGAAGCCGAGGAAGGCCAAGAUGGAGAUGACGAGAGGCUUCACGGGUUGCGCGGUCUGCCCUACUGGAAGCAAUUUACCACAGCAUUGCUGCUAGGCUUUCGAAAUCGCAGCAUCGCUUUAGGAUACAUUGGAGGAUUUGUCGCACGCGCCUCAUCCGUGGCAAUAUCUUUAUUCAUUCCACUAGCGGUGAACCACUACUAUCACGUAUCCGGGGUCUGCGACGAAGAUCGUGAGCCAUUACCUGGGUCUGGCCUGGGUGACAUCAAAAAGGCUUGCCCUCGCGCAUACAUCCUGGCCUCGAUAUUGACCGGAGUUUCUCAAUUAGUUGCUCUCAUCGCCGCACCGGCCUUUGGGUAUCUUACCGACAAGUCCCGGCGGUACAAUAUCCCCCUGCUUUUGGCGGCUUUGGUCGGUGUAGUGGGAUACCUAGCAUUCGGAUUUCUACCCAACCCGCAAUAUAAAUCACCUGAUGGUAACCCUGGCGUCUUCGUUGUCAUGGCGCUCCUUGGCAUCAGCCAGAUUGGCGCCAUUGUUUGCAGUCUCGCUGUUCUCAGCAACGGCAUCCUCGAAGUGGAUGUCUUCGACGAUGCACUAGCUCAAGGGCAUGCCGGGCAGAUCGCGGACGGCGAGACUGCCGGUGGUAGUGAGGGCGAGCACCAACCUCUGUUGACUCGCUCUCCUGAUAACAGACUCCAACAUCUGUCGCACUUAAAGGGCUCUAUUGCGGGAGUCUACUCCCUGUACGGUGGGGCAGGCAUACUUAUCCUCACCAAGAUCGGCGGGCUCUUGUUCGACAAAGUUUCAUCGGGAAGUCCAUUCUACAUUAUGGCUGUGUUCAAUGGGAUUUUACUCGCUGCGGGAGUGGUGUGUGGAAUCUUGAAUCACAUCGUGCGAUCCAAGAAAAUUUCGGACUAG